GCUUGUGUAGUUAAAUAGCCAGGUUCCAGAAACAUCCUGUUCCGGGCAUCGCGUUACUGAAACAGUUACAGACUUUAGGCAUUCACUCGCGCCAUUAUCGUCAUCUUCUCAGUGCAGUGAAAUGCUCGCCUUGCAUUUCUCAGACCUGUUCUUCACCUCGAUGUUCUUUGAUUUUAAAAUAUUUAGAGUCUUUUAACGUAUUUUUCAGUUGGGACAUCAUAGUCUUUACCGUUAUUGAAAAUUUCUGUAUGAAAGAGGUGGCUCACACCCACCCCCGCUGCUGCAAUUCGAGUACAGAAGUGUUUGUGCCCUUAGAUACCUUCUAAUGAGCAUUUCCUUGCCCCACUUCCUCCCCCCAUUUUUUUUUUUUUUUUUUUAACCAGAACUAAUGACACACUUCGGGGAAGAAACAAGCAUUCUUCUGACCUAUUGUUUUGUCUUCCUCUUGAAGUAAGCCUGCAAGCCUCAAAUUAUGUUGAUGAUGGGAUUCAAGUACUAUUGUUGUCCUUUAUUGAAUUCUGAUUAUACUAGAUUUGUGGUUCCUGAAUGUAUGGGCACAUGAGAAUCAGGUGGGGACUUUUUUUUUUUUUUUUUCAUUACAAAGCCCAGACCACACCCUAGGCCAGCUGAACUGCAGUGUUAGAGAGUGGGACACAGGAUUCAGGAUUUUUGAUGCUCCCCAAGUGAUUCUAAUAUGCAGGCAAAUUUAAGUGCUAUGGUAAAUAGUUGGCAUGUAUCGUUUCACUUGGUCUUUCCAAAAAUUCUCUGAGGCAGAUCCUAUUAUUGCCCUUUUUCCAAAGAGGAAACUGAGACUGUGGGAGAUUAGGUAAUGUUUCUGGGAAGGUACAGCGGAUAAAUGGUAGGUCCUGGUUGGGCACACAGUCUCAGUGGCUUCUUUUUUGCAUUUGCUUUUCUCUCUUCAUCCCCUAAGAAGUAGCUUUCCUUGCUUUUGCCAAGCCCCUCCUCUUAACUAGGAUGUGGAGAAAAGGGUGGCUGUGCCACUCUUGUGCUAAUUCCUUACAGUCUGAGAAGCCCCAGCCGCCCAGUGCUGUUUCGGAAAAGCCGAAAGCACAGGAAACGCCUUCCUCAAAUGGGAUUCCGUCUUGGGUCACAUGAAUUCAAGUCAUCAGGUGUUUUAGCAAAUGCUUGUUCUCUAAAAGGUAAUACACAUUGCAAGUCAAAUUGGGCUGGAGGUCUGACUGCAUUCCCUUCACUCACCUGAGGCUGGUUUGCUGGCACCCAUGAAACAGGGGUGCAGCGUGCUCUGCCUGCUUCAUAAAUACAGUGCUGUGCGUCCAAGUGCUGUGAAGCCAUGGACAUAAUUGUCUAUAAACGGAAGGUGCCUAUAAUUACAUUGACGAUUGAAUGUUUUUCUGCGCGUUGGAAGUAGACGUCUUAAAGGGGGUGUAGGGUCUGGGAGAAAGGUCAGAAGGACAGAUGGGUCUGGAGAGGGAAUGCAGCUUCAGACAGCAGAUGUGAGUCACGCACGUCAGAGGGGCCUGCGGAGGGGAGGAGCCUGGGAUGAGGGCUAAGAGGGCUAGACGGCCUCUGCCCAUGGAAAAUCUUCAGUGUCGGUUGUGGGGGGAGCUGGCAUUCGGGGGGUCACUUCUGGUUUGACUGUGGAACAGCCCGCCUCUUCACUGCCCGCCUCCCAAGGCUGUCGGAGUUUCCUGUUCUGUCCCUCCCUCUGAGCUGGAGCAGAAAGAUAAAAAGAAGGGACAGGGACAGCAAGCCUCUCCCCCCCACCUCCAUCUUUCUCUUUCGUGAGAGGAACUUUUAGGAAGAAUCCCUCUUGGAUACCCCAGGUCCUUUGAAAGGCCUGCUGUUACUGGGCACCGCUGUGACGUUUCAAAGAUCUUACCAGGGACUGUUGACACUGAAGCACAUCCAGGGCCGGAUUCACUUCCCUGCUCUGCUGAACUAAGUUACUAAAUUAAUGUAGAUGAAGGUAGUGUUUCUGUCUCUUUCUGCCCAGAAUGUUUCUUUUUUCUUUUUUUAAGAUGGCCCUGCGGCACACUGAAGUUCACGGGCCAGGGAUUGAAUCCAAACCACAGGUGCAGCAAUGCUGGAUCCUUUCACCCACUGUGCUGGGCUAAGGAUCGAACCCUCAACAGCGACCCGAGCCACUGCAGUCAGAUUCUUAACCCAAAUCUUAAUACCUGGGAUUUGUUUCAUCUUCCCCAGGUAGCUGGCCACAGUGGGAACUCCCCAGUUUUCAUUUUCUGAUAUCAAGAAGUAGGACUCCACCCUCUAAGAGGAAGGAUAAGCUCUUCUAGCAGGAAGAGUCACUAGCAUAAACCCUGCCAGAUGUGUAGAGCAGCUUGAAUCUCAGACGUUUGGGAUUUGAGGCGGCCCCCAUCAGGUGUAGGCAUUCCAUAACAAGUUGCUGGAAAAGUCCGAUCUUCAUUCAGUGCUGGCCCAUAAGCUACAAGCUGAAAAGCAUGACAUACCAAACAGGCAUGAGAUAAGUCCCGGACACGAUGGUGCGUGGAAUGACAGUCAGCUCCAAGAAAUGGCCCAGCUGAGGAUUAAACACCAAGAGGAACUGACUGAGUUGCACAAAAAACGUGGGGAGUUAGCUCAGCUGGUGAUUGACCUGAAUAACCAGAUGCAGCAGAGGGACAAGGAGAUGCAGGUGAAUGAAGCCAAGAUUGCAGAAUGCCUGCAGACCAUCUCUGACCUGGAGACCGAGUGCCUGGAACUGCGCACCAAGCUUCAGGACCUUGAGAGAGCCAACCAGACCCUGAAGGAUGAGUACGACGCCCUGCAGAUCACGUUCACUGCCCUGGAGGAGAAGCUGCGGAAGACGACUGAGGAGAACCAGGAGCUGGUCACCAGAUGGAUGGCCGAGAAAGCCCAGGAAGCCAACCGCCUAAAUGCAGAGAAUGAAAAGGAUUCGAGGCGGCGGCAAGCCCGGCUACAGAAGGAACUCGCAGAAGCAGCAAAGGAACCCCUGCCAGUCGAACAGGAUGAUGACAUUGAAGUCCUUGCAGAUGACACCUCCGAUCACCCUGAGGAGACUUCUCCCGUGCGAGCCAUCAGCAGAGCAGCCACUAAGCGACUCUCGCAGCCUGCUGGAGGCCUUCUGGACUCUAUCACUAAUAUCUUUGGUCUGUCCGAGUCUCCCCUUUUGGGACAUCACUCUUCUGAUGCUGCCAGGAGGCGCUCUUUCUCUUCCGUUCCUGCUCCCCAGGAUAACGUGGAUACCCAUCCAGGUUCCAGUAAAGAAGUGAGGGUGCCAGUGACCGCCGUGUGUGUCUUUGACGCUCACGACGGGGAGGUCAAUGCUGUGCAGUUCAGUCCGGGCUCCCGGCUGCUGGCCACAGGAGGCAUGGAUCGGAGGGUGAAGCUCUGGGAGGUGUUUGGAGACAAAUGUGAGUUCAAAGGUUCCCUCUCUGGCAGUAAUGCAGGAAUUACAAGCAUUGAAUUCGAUAGUGCCGGAUCUUACCUCUUAGCAGCUUCAAAUGAUUUUGCAAGCCGAAUCUGGACUGUGGAUGACUAUCGGUUACGGCACACGCUCACGGGGCACAGCGGCAAAGUGCUCUCUGCCAAGUUCCUGCUGGACAACGCGCGUAUCGUUUCUGGAAGUCAUGACCGGACCCUCAAACUCUGGGAUCUACGCAGCAAAGUCUGCAUAAAGACGGUAUUUGCGGGCUCCAGCUGCAAUGACAUUGUCUGCACAGAGCAGUGUGUAAUGAGUGGACACUUCGACAAGAAAAUUCGUUUCUGGGACAUCCGAUCAGAAAGCAUCGUCCGAGAGAUGGAGCUCUUGGGAAAGAUUACUGCCCUGGAUUUAAACCCAGAAAGAACCGAACUCCUCAGCUGCUCUCGUGAUGACCUGCUAAAAAUUAUUGACCUUCGAAUUAAUGCCGUCAGGCAGACGUUCAGCGCACCUGGCUUCAAGUGCGGCUCCGAUUGGACGAGGGUCGUGUUCAGCCCUGAUGGCAGUUACGUGGCAGCGGGCUCGGCCGAGGGCUCUCUCUACGUCUGGAGUGUGCUCUCCGGGAAGGUGGAGAAGGUCCUUUCAAAGCAUCACAGCUCGCCCAUCAACGCAGUGGCCUGGUCCCCCUCCGGCGCCCACGUCGCCAGUGUGGACAAAGGAAGCAAAGCUGUGCUGUGGUCCGACUACUGACGGCGCCUCCUCAGGAGAGAGCGGAUCCGGAGCUGGAAAAGCACGAGGGCCCCACGGCGCUGUCCCGGCAGGUGGCGUGGUGGGGGUGGCUGUGACCCCAGAGGAGAGCGCAAGCCGCGGGGCCCGGUGGGCGGCCCGUGACCUGAGGGUCAUGGCUGAGGUCUCUGAUGACCCAAAAGAGUAACACUGAAAAAAUCUGACACUGUGGUCCCUCGGCAGGGGGUCCGGUCCUUGCCCGGCUCGGGUGGGAAACACUACUGGCUCUGAUCUCCUGUACCUCGCGGGGCGAGCGCGGGCACCAAUGCUUCCUCCCAGGGCGGCAGUGCCAAAACGUGCCCGCACCCAGGUGUUGGUUCUCCCCCUGCGCUCUCCCCGUCCUUCCAGGGUCGGCUCUGGCCUGAUGCACGUCCCGUCACCCCGGGGUGAUCUUCCCAGGGAACUUGCUUUCAUCAUUGGAUUGACAGAAACCCCAACAGGAUACCCCCUGCCGUCGCGCAGCCCACAGGGGCUGGCCCUGUUUCGGACACGGCGGACGGCGGUCCUCCCUGCUGGGCUGUGUCUGUUAGGAGGCCCUUAUUCUGAUCUCAUCCAUCACGGCUGGAAUGUCCCGAGCUGUCCUAAACCGGUCUUGGAAAGCAACUCCUCUUCCGACACCCCCCCCCCCCCGCCGCCCCCCAUACAGUUAAUUCUACAUAUCUAUUUUUUGGUCAAGAAAUCUCAAUUUGUUAUUUAAAAAAAAAAGCGGGAGUUCCUGUUGUGGCUCAGUGGUUAACGAACCCAACUAGCAUCCAUGAGUACAUGGGUUCGAUCCCUGGCCUCGCUCAGUGAGUUAAGGAUCUGGCAUUGCCAUGAGCUGUGAUGUAGUUCACAGACACGGCUUGGAUCCAGCAUGGCCGUGGCUGUGGUAUAGGCCGUCAGCUACAGCUCCGAUUGGACCCCUAGUCUGGGAGCCUCCACAUGCCCCGGGUGCGGCCCUGAAAAGACAAAAGACCCAAAUGGCAGGGAGGGGUAGGUAGGAGAAGAAGUGCAAACCCCCUUUUCCACAGAAGUGGGUGUGCUGAAGAAUAUUCCCGAAUCCACCUGUAACUCCUAGGAGGUAGGCGUGUCCUCUCAGAAGCUGCGAGUCACGGCCUUCCAGCUGUGCUGGGUGAUGUGGGAUAGAAGGCCUCGAAUGUAUUAGCCUGGGGCCACCGGUGCCAGGCUGCUGCCCCUUUGCCAAGCCUAUGUGCAAUACGCCUGCCCUCGGUGCUUCAGCGCAGGAAGCAGGAGAACGAAUGCCGUCUGAGAGCUGUGAGCAAGGCUGGGGUGUGGGGGGACCUGGCCUGCGGCAGUUUUUGUUUUUGUUUUUUUUAAACAUUUAUCUUUACCAUCUUACCUGUUUAUAAAAUUUUAGUUCCUUGAGUGACUGAAACACCAAUGUUUUUAUCACUUACUCAUUUGCACUUUAUUUUUUUUCCCUCCACACCUGUUCUCUGGACCGUCGUGGCUACAAGGGCCGGAGUGCCCCUCCCCGUCUGGUGGGUCUGGUGGGGCGGCUCCGUUUGCCCUCUUGCCCCGCCCUCGUCUCCCCUUUUCCCUUUGCUGUUCAGAGAACUUGUGUUGAGGGGAGUUGAAAUUCACAGGCCAGGGCACAUCUUUUAUUUAUUUAAUUACGUUGCCCAACAGAACUUGAUUGUAAAUAAAAAAUCUGUUAUAUACUUUUCAAA